GUUCUGCAUCCUGACGUGGCAGCCUUGAGCGCAUACUUCUUCGCAGUCCUCGUCCGACGCCGUCGAUGCUGUCGAAAAUGUGUACAAACUGCCCAAGCAUCAUCGGGAAACAGCUAGGCAAACGCAUGCGUGUGCUAGCUUCGUUGUCUCGCCAUGGUGGUGAUGUGGCAAGGAUGCUCAGCAGCGUGAGCCCAAAUGGCUCAACCAUGCCGAUCAUGCCGAACAACCUUUUCCCAGCAAGCGGGAUUUUGCCUAACGACCCGCCUGGAGAGGGGCUUGGAGAGAAGCAGCCUUCGCAGCAGGGAAACAGAGUCAAUGCUUUGCCAGUCUCAGACAAAAUGCCUCCUGUGGACCAACUUGCAGAGCAAUCCCUUAGCAACGCAAUGGCCCAGGUUUCGAAGAAGCUGGGCUUAUUCGAACGGGUCCGCCACGUUUGCCAAUCAGAAUCAAUUCCGAUUCCUGGGGUCGUGGUGGUGGGAGAGCAAUCUGCCGGGAAAUCGUCGUUGUUGGAAAACAUCUCCGGGAUUCAGUUUCCCCGGGCGCAGAACACAUGUACAAGGAUGCCCUGUGUUUUGACGUUGCUUACAGAUCCUGCAGUGGAAGAGUCCUAUGCGAUGGUCUCCAUGGACCCCAAUUUUGAAAACGUGAAGAGAUGUUCCAUACCAGAAGUCGAGGAGCAAAUCAAGGCUCUCACCGAGAAACAUGCUACGGGCGACCAGUUCAUCUCAAGCCAGGCCAUGUACAUUUCAGUGGUUCGCAGAGAAGGGCCCCAGCUGAGUCUCAUUGAUCUUCCUGGCAUCACGCACAACUCGAGUAAGAUGACCAAAAUUCAUGAGGUCACUGUCAAAUUGGUGGAGAACUACAUCAAACCGGAAGAGAUGGUGAUUCUUUGUGUGAUCCCUGCCUCGAACGACUUCGGCAACGCUGAGGUUGUAGAGUUGGCGAAAAAAUAUGAUCCAGAUGGCGAGCGCACCUUGGGUGUCGUCACUAAGUGCGAUGAUGUUGCCAAGACGGAAUCUUCCGAUAUUGUUGAGAAGGUCUUGAUGGAAAGAACAGAUGAUGUGAGGCUUGAGCUCGGCUUUCAUUGUGUCGUGAAUCGCUCGCAGAAGGACAUUGAUGAGGGCAUGAGUCGUGAAGAUCUUUUGGAAAAAGGGAGAAAAGUUUUUUCGGAGAGUGACCGCAUGAAGAGGUUGCCUAAAGAGAACUGGGGCACGUUGGCCUUGACGGAAAAAAUCGCCAAGCUUCAAGAACACCGUGUAGAUGCACACCUUCCGAAGAUUAAUGAAGCUGUACGAAAGACCACUACGGAAUUGCAGAGGCGUUUGUGCGAAUUGCCUCCUCCUCCCGCCGACGAGAAAAGCCAGUUCCGCGAGUUCCAGAGGAUUGUCUCCCGAAUCAGAAAGGAUUUGGAGGAAGGAAUCAAAGGAGAGAAUUUUGUCAGAAACUACACAAUCACCCGAGUUGUUGAUUCCAAGAUCAAGAAGUUCAAGAAGGAGUUGCAGUCCCGAAAUCCGAAGUGGUUGGAAGAAGCCAUGAUUGGUGAGGUGUCCCAUAUGCAAGAGAAUAAGAAAGGCUACACGGUGGACAACAUGACAGGCCCUCAUUCCCACAUUUUCAUCAACCUCAUCAAGAAGGCCUUCAUCGAAGAAGAAUUGUUGAAAGACUCUGUCCACAUGGUGGUCAGGGAUGUAGGGGAGCACCUUCGACAUGUUGUGUUUCAUGUCAUUCAAAAACAUGCAAGCAUGAAUGGCAUCCUUCCUCAACGGCUGGAUGCAACGGCACAGGACUGCAUUGACCAAGUCACAGCAGAAGCCCAAUCAACUUGUGACAGGUUGGCUGAGGCUCAGGAAGUAACCUCGACCGAAAACGAGGAAUUCAUGGCGAGGAUGACGAAGUUUCAAAACUCUUUGAAGUCUUUGUCGCAGGGGUCCACUGAAGAUGGAUACAAGAAUCUUGCGACAGCUCUUUUGGGAGCAAAGGGGCACGAACUUCCUGAAAAGUUCCACACCUUAGUCAAGGAAUCCAUGGACGAGAAGCAAAAAGAUGCUGUCGUCCAGAUUUGUGCUUCCUUGUAUGUCUACACCGAGUUCAUGAUUGAGUGCUUUGUUGAGACGUCGGCGAAACUUAUCAAGUCCAAUAUGGUGCACAAGCUGGCGGACAAGCUGGAGGGGGAUUGGAUGGACAAGCUGAGUGGAAGCACACUGCAUGAGCUCUUUGCAGAGGAUGAAGCCGUGGCUAAAAAACGGAAAUAUUUGGCAGAGAAGAUCAACGCCUUGUCCGACUUCAAGGCAGAGCUCAGGAGUCUGCAACCUGCAGGUCCACCAGUCCAGAAGCUGAGUGAGCGGAGGAUGCAGUCCGAAAAGCGUCAAACCACAGCCGAUGCGAAGACAGAUGAGGUGACAGCUGGGAAAACUCAACCCUCUCAGACCAGCUCCUCACCUGCACAAGGGACCCACGAGAAGUCUGUCCCUUUUGUGUGGAACUUUCUCGACAGCAUGAAGGGCCUGACAUUGAAAAAGGGCCAGGGUGUCAAAUCGAAGAAGUUCACGCUGUCCGGCGUGCCUUUGCAGCUGACCUUGUAUCCAGAGGGGACCCAGGACGCCAAAGAAGGGUACAUGUCCCUGUUCAUUUCUGCGCCUGAAAGGUGGCAGUUUAAGUACAAGGCAACCUACGGUGAUGUGGAGGAAGUGAUUACCCAUAUGAAAUUAAAGUCGGGGUGGACAGACUUUGCCAGAAGAGAUGAGAAGACCACCGUCAUUACCUUGCAGGUAAUCGAGGCAAUUCCGCCCAAGUCAAAAGCCUAGGGUGCCUAGGCUGUCAUAGUGCUGAAGUCUUCAAGGGAUUUCUGCCCUGCCUUAAAAAUUUGCAGUGCCUGGACCUGAGUCAGGCUCCCUUUUUGCAUGCAGAACAGACAUUAACUCAACUUAGAGAGCUUGGAAAGGCCAGAAGGGCCUGUAACCAUCCUCCAAUGAUCCCAAGUUCUCCCAAGCAAAUUGCAGACGCAGCGGCUUUGCAUGCUGGCUUUGUUGAGCCGGUGCCAAAA